AUGCGCUCAACCCUUGCUCUCAGGCAGAUCGCCGUCUCGGCUUCGCGCUCCUCAAGCCUCGCCGCCCCUCGAGCUGUCGCUGCUCCGCGCAUCGGCUCUCUCUCCUCCGCCUUUAAGCGCGAUGGUGGCGCCCUUCGACUCCCCACCGCCGUAAGGGGCCUUGCCACGGAUUCGGCGCAAGACUUCGACCCGCACGCGCCCACCGCCAUGGACAAGAUGGAGCCGCCCAAGCCUGGUGCCGACUUUAACGUAGUCAUCAUCGGCGCCGGAAACAUCAACUUUGGUUCGGACGAAGGUCCCUGGAAUCACUCUUUCCGACUCGAGCACAAGCUUGGCCCACGUCUCAAGGUGGUUGCGCUCAUCGACCCUUCGGCUGCGCGUGCAGAGUCUGUGCUCUCGGUCAAGCGCAACUCGUUCGUGCUUUCCGCCUACAAGGACACCGUUGUGUACCCUACUUUCGCCGACUACGUCGCUAGCGUGUCGCCCGAAAAGCGCCCCCACGCCAUUUGGGUGGGAAGCCCUCCCGCGUUCCGUGGAGGCGAGCAGCCCGGUCGCGACCUCGAAAAGAAGCUCGUCGAGGCUUUCCCGGACGUUGCGAUCUUCAUUGAGAAACCCGUCUCGACAGGACCUGUCGCCGACGCUCAAAAGGUUGCGCAGAUGCUCGAAAAGGCUGACAUUAUUGUGUCGGUCGGAUACAUGCUUCGAUACCUCAAGGUGGUCCAAAAGAUGAAGCAGAUCCUCGAGGAGAACAACCUCAAGGUCAUGGCCACCAACGCUCGUUACAUUAUGGCGUACGAACACACUGCAAAGCUCGACUGGUGGGACAAGAGCCAGACGUGUGGUCCCAUUGUGGAGCAGGCCACCCACUUUUGUGAUCUCUCGCGCUACUUUGGUGGUGAAGUGGAUCUCAGCACCGUGGCUGCCCACUCGCUCGAAUGGUUCGAGCCCGCUGGCCACCUGAGCAAAAUUCCCGUUGACGAGAGCAAGGUCAAGCCAGACAACCGCAUCCCGCGAAUCACCAGUGCUACCUGGAAGUACGAGUCCGGCGCCGUCGGAUCGCUCACCCAUGCCGUUGCUCUGCAGGGGUUCAACUACCAGACAGAGAUCGACGUGCUCGCAGACGGAUACAGCUUGCGUCUGGUCGACCCGUACAACGCUCCUGCGCUCUACUUCCGCCGUCCCGGUGAUGACCACGAGGAGGUGGUGCGAUACCAGAACGACGACCCCUUCUUCUCUGAAGUCAACAACCUGAUCGAUAACAUUGAAAAGGGACGUGGUUCCGCGCCUAUCCUGUCGUCCUACGACGAUGCCGUCAAGACGUAUGCGCUCACGUGGGCCAUCCGCGAGGCUUCGGAGAAGUCGGCCAAGAAGCCUAGCCAGUAA